ACUUGUCCAACUCCACUCAUUUGCCCUCUUUCCAACCUUCCAAACAGUUGACCUUCCGAUCUGUUAUCUCGGAAAGAAUCCAUGGAAAUCGCAAGUUUUGUUCUGGAAAUCGUCAAAGAUUUAUGGGGCUUGGCCAGUAAACCUUUGGGCUACAUUCGUAAUCUUAAUGAUAAUGUCCGCUCGUUGGAAGAAGCAAAUGAAGACCUGAAGGCCAUGAGCGAAGAUGUGAAGGACAGGGUGAAACGCGAAGAAGAAGAAGCAGGGGCGCAGCGCACCGGACAAGUGGCGAACUGGUUAGGCAAGGUGCAAGAAUUUGUCGGUGGAGUAGAUCAAGUUCUUCGGGAAGCCGGGGAACGUGACCGAAUCAAAUGCCUCAGUCGUUGUCUUCCGCGGAACUGCUGGUCGAGCUACAAAUUGGGGAAAAGAGUCGACCAAUUGCUCAAUGAUGCGAGACAGCUCCAACAUGAGAAAGGUGAAUUCAGAGAUGUCACGUCACCGCUGCCUCCUCCUCAGGUGCUCGAGAUGCCUAUGGUCAAGACCGUGGGGCUUGAUGUUUUCCUUAAUAAAGUGUGGAAAUGGCUCGUGGACGAAAAACAAGUAAGAGUGAUUGGGUUAUACGGAAAGGGCGGUGUGGGAAAGACCACCCUCAUGAAAAGGAUCAACGAGGAGCUUUUGCACGCAAAUCAUGGAUUUGAUAUCGUUAUUUGGGUGGUGGUAUCCAGACAAGUGAAUGAAGAUAGCAUUCGAGAUGCCAUAAGGAAAAGGCUGCACAUUCAAGAUGAGAGCUGGAACAGAUGGUCCCAGGAAGAGAGGGUCAAUCAUCUGUGCGAUGCUUUGACCCGGAAGAAGUUUGUCUUGUUGAUUGAUGAUGUAUGGCGGAGGCUGGACCUUUCGAAUAUCGGAGUUGCUCAUCAUAGUCUUGAGAACGGAUCCAAAGUAGUGUUCACAACUCGGUUGGAGCAUGUGUGCGACCAAAUGGAAGCCGAUAAGACCUUGGAAGUACAGUGCUUGACACGGGAAGAAGCUCUGAAAUUAUUCGAGAAGAACGUCGGCAAAUCGCUUGUAGAUUGUCAUCAAGAAAUUCGAGAUCUUGCAAAGGACAUUGCCGAAGAGUGCAAAGGGUUGCCACUGGCCCUUAUUACUGUCGGGCGAGCCAUGGCCAGAAAAGACAAUCCCCGUGAGUGGAGGCAUGCGCUAACGACGCUGAGGAAUAAUCCGCACAAGCUGUCAGGUAUGGUGGAAGAAGUGUACCACAUAUUAGAGUUCAGCUAUAAUUGCUUAAAUGACUCUACCCUCCAAGCUUGCUUCCUUUAUUGUUGUCUCUUUCCUGAGGAUUAUCCCAUAGGAACGGCCGAGCUUAUUGGGCUCUGGAUUGGAGAGGGAUUUCUAGGAUACACUGAUGAUGUAUACCGUAUGCGGGAUGAGGGAGAGUCUAUCUUGGGGGAUUUAAGGAGGGCUUGUCUAUUGGAGAGUGGGCGUCAUGAUGAUGAUGAGGAGGGACAAUACGUAAAGAUGCACGAUGUCAUCCGCGACAUGGCGGCUUGGAUCGCUCGUGAGCGUGGGCAAAAGGAGAACAAGUUGCUAGUGAUAGAGGACCAAGAAAACUUGUCCUUGGAGAUGAUCUCCAAAUGGGAGGAAGCGGAGAAAGUAUCUGUAUGGGGAACACGGAUUAGGAAUAUCGACCAAACACCACCAGAGUGCUCCCAGCUCGAAACUUUGCUUCUAAGAGCAACUUACGUAAGGUUCAUGCCAAGAGGGUUUUUCCAUUCGAUGAAGGCUCGUUUGACGGUCCUAGACCUAUCCGAGAAUGCAUCUAUUGAUUUAUUCCCAAUAGAGAUUUGUGAUCUGAUUUAUCUACGGUACUUGAACAUGUCGCACACUUUUAUCAAAGAAUUGCCCCAGGAAAUCAAGAAUUUGACUCGUUUACGGUGGUUGCUGCUAGAUAAUAUAUCUCCUUUUGUCCUAAUUCCGACUGGGGCAAUCAGAAACUUACCAUUGAAUGUGCUUAGCCUGUGGACAAGUUAUAUAGAGAAUGAAGAAGAGAUAGUACAGGAACUGGGGGGCAUGCAACAUCUCACCGACUUAUCUAUCAUCGUGUUCAAGUCAUCCUCUGCCCUGAAAAUAUUCGAGUCCCCAAGUUUACAGAGAAGCAUACGGAGAGCGAGAAUCACCGGUUGCAAGGGCUUGACCCGCAUCCUAAUAAGUCGGUCACCAACAGGCAACGGCGGUUUCCCGCGUUUAGAAGUGCUUCAUCUAUACACUUGCUCCGAGCUGGUGAAGGUGGAGGUCAGUGAAGGAAUAGGACGAGCGCCCAACUGCUCUUCUUGCUUCCCUAGUCUCGUUCAAGUUGAUAUCUACGACUGCGGGCUUUCGGACUUGUCCUGGCUAGUGCACGCCCCGAAACUCCGGGAAUUGAAAGUCGACAAGUGCUGUUUGAUGAAGAGACUCAUUGGAGGUGAAUUCACAAGAGAGGAAUUAGCUGCUUCAGGACUAUUCUCAAGUCUCGAAACCCUGACCCUCGCUGAUCUUCCAAACCUGACGAGCAUUUGCGACCGGGCUCUAUUUUUCCCUCAGGGGGUAAGCUUCCGAAUAUUGGGGUGCCCUGGUCUCAGAAAGUUGCCGUGGGACUCGGACAGCGCGAGGGGAAGCAGCAGCUUCUCGGUCUAUGGGGACUCAGACUGGUGGGCCACGUUUGAGUGGGACCCCGCCGCCCGGGUCACCUUACAGGGGAGUGAUGGGAGUCCCGGAGAAGAAAUGACAUAUGGAGAGGCAUCACGUAAAAUCAAAGACCGGCCCCUUUUCGGGGCCAAAAUUGGAUUCCUACAGAGUGAGUGA